AUGUACGCCCCCUUGCGCCCCCUCCCCGGUCAAAGCUCACCACGAGGAGCGCAACCACUCGACCUCAGUGGCACACAGUCUUCAUCGGCAUCUUCGCAAAGAACAACAUCCUCACCUUAUAUUAGCCCCGAGCUCGCCGUCCGGCACAUCCAGGGCUUCCUACCGACCCCUGCAUCACAGACUUCACAUGCACCCUUUCCGCAGCUCUCCGAGGAUAUUUUAAACGCAGCUUGGUUCAACGUCCAAACGUCGCAGCCGUCAGAUCAAGGUCCUCCUCUUUUAAAGGUCGACCCCGUGGACGAAGUGCCUCAGAAUUCGAAUUCGUCCACCUCGCUCCCGACUCCUCAGUCUGCCAACAUGAGCGCUGUGGCAUCACUGAACUUUGACCCGAUGUUCGAUAUGGGACCCCGCUCUUCCUAUAGCUGGUCUGUGCUCGAGUCUGGUAACAAUAGUGGGCUUUUAGGUCACCAAUUGGGUCACUACGGCUCGGAAGCCAGUCUGACUCCCCCCAGCGGUACUAGCUCCGUCACAGCAAGUCCACCGCGCAACAUGUCAGCAGAGCAACGCGAACUCAAGCGCCAGCAAGACCAGGCGCGUCGCAACUCGAAGAACGCUGCCAGGAUGAGAAGGGCAGGCAGCGGCUCGACAUACGGGCAGUCUCCACCCGUGUCUCUUGCGGAGCUCGCAACACCAGCUUCUCUUCCUGUUUACACAACUGGCCCAACGCAAAUCUCACUACUCGCCGAACCGCCGACGUCUCUCACAUCCGCAGCAUCCUACAGCCUCCCCACUUAUUCAACUUCUCUUCCAUCGGACCCUCAAAGCCAGACCGUCUUCUCGAACCCGUACCAACCGCAACCGUAUCUGCAGGAAUACCAGCCUGCAUACCCGACGACCACGCCGCCAGGAUUACCUUCACAUUAUGGGUUAGCUGACUCCUUGCUGGGAGAUGAUUUCUCACAAGCAGCAACGGCGCUAACAAUCCCGCACAGUCGUGUCAACCUCGGAACCCACGAUCAGCAGCACCGGCCGCAGGCACCUGGUCUCAUAUACGCGAACGCGAUGUCGAUGAUGGGUCCUGUACCUGGCUCUUCGCCGCCACACCACUCAUCGGCGGCUCACGUCCAACAGCAAGACGCAGCUCACAACGUGCGAGUAGUGGGAAGCCGGCCCAAGCCGCAAUGCUGGGAGCACGGAUGCAAUGGUCGCCAAUUUUCAACCUUUAGCAACCUUCUCAGGCACCAGCGGGAGAAGUCUGGCCAAGCCACGAAGUCAGUCUGCCCGAACUGCGGAGCCGAAUUUACUCGAACGACGGCGAGGAACGGUCAUCAGCAAAACGACAAGUGUAAAGCACGACGUAGCACAUAA